UUCCCCCAGGACGGCGUGUUCUCCCCACAGAUGCUGAGUCGGCAAAGCCAAACUUGCCACCCACCCAUCUCAUUUACAGUAAAUCCGGUGGGUUGCGGAAAUGGGACCUGAAACUGCCUGAGGGCAGCAGGGUGGGGGGACAGUGGGAGGAUGGGAAAGGGGCCAGCCUGCUGGGCCGUGGGAGGGGACCGUCAGGGGAAAGCCCUUCCCUCGUCUGGGGAAGGGAACUUCCGCUUCGGACCGAGGGCAGCAGGCUCCCGGCUCCUGGUCCCACUGCUGCUCAGCCCAGCGGCAUCACAGGACGCCGGCUUCCCAGGAGACAUCUGACACAGUAUGAUGAUGAAGAUCCUGUGGGGCAGCAUCCCGGUACUGAUGUUGCUCCUGCUCCUGGGUCUGCUCGAUGUCUCCUGGGCCCAGGGCAGCUGCACCGGGCCCCCAGCCAUCCCUGGCACUCCGGGUAUCCCUGGGACACCUGGCUCCGAUGGCCAACCUGGGACCCCAGGGAUAAAAGGAGAGAAAGGGCUUCCAGGGCUGGCUGGAGACCAUGGUGAGUUCGGAGAGAAGGGAGACCCGGGGAUUCCUGGGAAUCCAGGAAAAGUCGGCCCCAAGGGCCCCAUGGGCCCUAAAGGUGGCCCAGGAGCCCCUGGAGCCCCAGGCCCCAAAGGUGAAUCGGGAGACUACAAGGCCACCCAGAAAAUCGCCUUCUCUGCCACAAGAACCAUCAACACCCCCCUGCGCCGGGACCAGACCAUCCGCUUCGACCACGUGAUCACCAACAUGAACAACAACUACGAGCCCCGCAGUGGCAAGUUCACCUGCAGGGUGCCCGGCCUCUACUACUUCACCUACCAUGCCAGCUCUCGAGGGAACCUGUGUGUGAAGCUCAUGCGUGGCCGGGAGCGCCCACAGAAGGUGGUCACCUUCUGCGACUACGCCUACAACACCUUCCAGGUCACCACCGGUGGCAUGGUCCUCAAGCUGGAGCAGGGGGAGAACGUCUUCCUGCAGGCCACCGACAAGAACUCACUACUGGGCAUGGAGGGUGCCAACAGCAUCUUCUCCGGGUUCCUGCUCUUUCCAGAUGUAGAGGCCUGACCUUUGGGCUGCUUCACACCCACCCCGGCUCCCCCUUCCAGCAACGCUUACUCUACCCCCAACACCACCCCUUGUCCAGCCAAUGCACACAGUGGGGCUUGGUGAAUGUUGCUGAGUGAAUGAGUAAAUAAACUCUUCAAGGCCAAGGGA